UGCCUAUAAAUAACUAGUUCUACAUACCACAGCUCACUCAACUCGAUCGACCAUAUACAUAUAGAAACACUUUCUUCUUCGUCUUCCUCGAUAGCCAAAAUACACUGUGCUUGGAGAUCAUCAAUGGCGAUAGCGAAGAGCGAGUGUGAGCGCCUUGCAUGGGCAUUGCUACUGGAGAGCAACCUCCUCGUCGGCAACCGUCGCAGCAACGGCGACGACGACGACGACGACGUCGAUGUGGCUCCAGCUGCCUGAUUUAAUUACGGAUAUAAUAUGAUUAUUACUACUGAUCAUCUAGACUAUAUUAUGAUGAGUAUAACGAUCUCUACGUUAAUAAGUUCUGCAUGGUCUAAGAGUACUCAUCUACAUGCAAAUAUGCAGCACUUUCAAUUAGUCCUGUAAUAGGUGAUCACUGUGGUGAGUGUGCAGACUGCAGAGGUUUUGCUGUGUACUAGCUAGUUAGCUACUCGUACUAAUUAUUCGAUGCAUGCCUUUAUCUAUUAAUUACUCCUACUUACUUAUGUGAUAUAUAUAGUUGGCAAUAAAGAGGCAUGGUAUAUAUGAAUAUAUCUGGAGUGCUAUAUAUAUAAUGGGAAACUUAUGUAUAUAUGCGCAAUAACUCUAAUGUAACACGACGUGUAAACAUAUGGUUUGUCAGGUAUGUUAACUAUAUAUAUAUAUAGAGAGAGAGAGAAAUAAUAAUUUAGACAAAAUUUCAUGCUCAACUACUGUACUAGCUAGCUAGUGGAGUAUUAUAUUAUACCUCUUGUGUAUUAAUUAAACAUUAGUGUUUCUGUUCCGUGGACCAUAUAUGGUAGUGAUGGAUUUUGGGGGUUUCAGUUUGUUUUCUUCCAAUAGCCUUCGGAAAACCAUAUCCGAGCACUUUCAUGGUAGAUGACCUGAGUAAAAUAUAUGUACUUUCUUUUGCCGAAUUACCCUCAAUUAUAAGUUUGGAACACAUUUUUUUCUCCCAACAAUAGCCUUUGGAAGACAGUAUAUUUCCACUUGAUGUACAUGACUAGAAAAUUUAAAGUGCAUGCAUGAGAUGAGAGGCCUUUGAUUGUUCAGUCAUAUUAUUUCAUUUCGCAACUGAUGAGACGAUAUGAUAUUGACACAUGAUAUGUAAUUAUAUAUAGAGCUAUAUCUAAUAGAAAAUUCAUUCUUAAAUCGAAGUUCCUGUUCCUGUAUCAACGGUUUGCUGGUUUGCAAAGAUGGUAUAUCAACAUGAUUAUAUAGCUAUAUGUUAUCUAAUUAAUGCUACUUUUAACAUAUACAAGUUAAUAAGUUAUUUGUGCCAUAAAAUCACACAUAGAAAGCUAGAAUGCCUCACUACAAGUAUAAUAUUGAUCUUAAGAAAAUAUAUAUUAGGAGCCUUUAUGCUAGACACGGUUGUACCUAAUAAGAGAAAACUUGUCCAGCCAAGCUAAAUUGUCAAAUAGGUCGAAUAUUUUGCAUCCUGCAUGAAGAAAGCUGCAGAAUGGCUUUUCAGCUACAAGAAGGUGAGCUAACCAACUCCUUUGAAAUUAAUAACAAAUUAAAACCAGAGCCAGCUGACUGCUAAUACCCUUGCUUUGGCCAACAACCAAUGUCAAGUUUGUCAACUAGUAAUCAACUAAUCUUGAUCAGAUCCUCCUAUAAAUUGACGAGAAACAUGCAGUAUUCAAAUCAUCAAGCAGCUCCUGGUUUUGCAGCUCUAGCUAUUGCCUAGCAAGCUACUAGCCACUGCUAAUCUUGCCAUGGCUUCCAAUUCGGUUCUCUUCGCCACGGUACUCGCCAUGGCCGUCGUGCUCACCGGCAGCAGCAGCUGCCAAGCGGCUCGCCUCCUCGCCGACGCAACACCGCCUGCCGUGCCGGCGGUCACCUUGCCACCGAUGCCAGCCAUUCCUGCCAUCCCGGCGGCGACACUGCCGCCGAUUCCGGCGGUGCCAACCGUGCCGAACGCCGCGUUGCCGCCCAUGCCGGCCGUGCCCAAGGUGGCACUGCCGCCGAUGCCCGCGGUGCCGGCUGUGCCCACCGUCCCCGCGGUGGCGCUGCCGCCGAUGCCCGCGGUGCCCGCUGUGCCGACGGCGACGUUGCCGCCGAUGCCGGCCGUGCCCGCCGUGCCGAACGCCGUGCUACCGCCCAUUCCGGCCGUGCCGAAGGUGACGCUGCCGCCGAUGCCGUCGAUUCCGGCGGUGCCCAAGGUGACGCUGCCGCCGAUGCCAUCCGUGCCGAUGCCGUUCUUGGCACCUCCUCCUUCGGCAUAAUUAAGGACGCUGCCAGUGCUUGUAUAUUUAGUGGGUCAUUUGAUUUGAUUAAUCUUUUGGUUAUGUAUUAAUUUCCCCUGCUUGAUUUGUUUUCUGUGUGUAAAUGCAUGUUGUAUACUUGUAUGCGAGUUAAUUUUUUUUGUAAUUUGUUCAAGCUGUACAUGGAGUGCGCGGCUAUAAGUAUUUGUAUAUGGCAUUUGUUUAUAUAAGUUCAUUUUGGUUGGUUUAA